AGCAGAGCACCGCAUCGCAUUGCUUCCACACGAUCGGACCGAGCCGAGAGAUUCUGGACUGUUCCACACGAUCCAUGACGUCCACGGUGACCACGCCCACGCCCAGCCGCCCGCUCCCGGCGGGGCCCCAGCGCCGCCGGUACCGGCCCACCGUGCUCGCCAUCGCCGGCGGUAGCAAGCCGCCGCGGCGCCGUGCACCGGCCGCGGCCACCAGCUGCGCGGCGCUCGCGGCGCCCGAGAAGCAGAGCACGGCCACCGCCAAGCUGUCCACUUCGCCCGCGCCGGCUCAGGCGUCCGAGGGCACGGACUACGACGAGGUGGCCGCCACGCUGGAGACGCUGUACAAGCUGAGCCCCGUCAUCGUGGAGGAGGACGAGAAGAGGAGCAAGAAGCAGGCGGCAACCAAGAAGAAGAGGAAGCAGGGGAGGACGAAAUCGGCAGCGACGACGACGACGGCGACGCCGAGGAGGACAGUGGUGGUGAGGAGCCAGCGGCGCCGGCGGAUGGACCUGGGGAAGAGGGUGGAGAUGCGCGAUCUGGCCGCCGGCAGGGAGGACGAACACCGGGAUGGGGAGCGCGCGUUCGAGGAGGCGCUGCUGCGGGAGCACGCCGUGUCGACGGACAUGGGCAGCCUCGACUGGAGGCGGAUGAAGAUCCCGCCGGUGCUCUCCGCCGCGCAGAGCGCCCGCCUCUUCAAGAUCAUGCAGCCCAUGAAGGCCAUUUUGGAGGUGCAAGAGAACCUGCGGAACGAGCUGCAGAGCGAGCCGACGGACGCAGAGGUCGCCGAGGCCAUGAACAUGCCGGUGCAGCGGCUACGGCGGCUCCGCGACGUCGGCCGGGCGGCGAGGAACAAGCUCAUCAAGCACAACCUACGGCUCGUCCUGUACGCGAUCAACAAGUACUACCCGGACAUGACCGGCGACGAGAGGUUCGCCGACCUGUGCCAGGCCGGCGCCAACGGGCUCAUCACGGCCAUCGACCGCUUCGAGCCCAAGCGCGGCUUCCGCAUCUCCACCUACGCGCUCUUCUGGAUCCGCCACUCCGUCGUCCGCGCCAUGACGCUCUCCAGCUUCACCCGCUUCCCAUUCGCCAUGGAAUCGGAGAGACAAGAGAUCAACAGGGCUCGGGAGGAGCUGUCGUUCGAGCUCGGGAGGGCGCCGACGGACGAGGAGACGAUGAAGAAAGUGGGGCUGUCGCCGGCGAGGUACCGCGACGUGGUGCGGAUGACGAGGCCGACCUACUCGCUCCACUCGCGGAACCGUGUCACGCAGGAGGAGCUCAUCAAAGAGGUCACCGACGUCGACGCCAUCGGGGUCGACACCCACAAGCACAACCGCCUCCUCCGCCUCGCCAUCGACGACCUCCUGGAUUCGCUGAAGCCCAAGGAGAGCGUGGUGAUCAGGCAGAGGUUCGGGCUGGACGGCAGGGGGAGGCGCACGCUGAGCGAGAUCGCCGGCAACCUGAGGAUCUCGAGGGAGAUGGUGCGCAAGUACGAGCUCAAGGCGCUCAUGAAGCUCAAGCACCCCACCCGGGUCGACUACCUACGAAGAUAUAUGUGAAAUUAUCUUUAUAUAUCUCGGUCGCGCACGUGCAUAUAGUACAUUGCAAGAUGGCAUAGACUCAUCAUUGAUUCCGUAUUUCGGACAUGUAUAUAAGUCUGUAUAUACGAGUGAGGUUGUAUAUAUAAUAUUUGAUUUAGACCUCGCGCUGAUGUAAUUCGUAGCACGCAGAAAAGAAAAUGGUCUCUGGUAUUAUUUAAACUAAUAAAUCAUUUUGCAUUACCUAUUUA